GGUGGAUUUUCACCUGUCACUCUUCACCAACACUUCUCUCCUCCUCUACAUAUACAGCUAGCUCGUCUUCAUGCCCGUUUAUUUAAUGUGGAGAAGUGAAAUGGUGAAAAGGGUUGUUUUCUACAACCUUUGGAAUUGAUUACUGAGCGAAGGAGAAAUGUUGAGGGAGAAGUUGGUCGGAGAAAAUUGCGUGUCCUCGUCGGCGCUGUCUUCGUCGCAUUCACUCCUAUCCAACGCAGAGCCAGACCGAAUUUUUGACGAAUUGCCGGAGGCGAACAUCGUCUCCGUGUCCAGGGCGGAGCCUGGAGACAUCGGCUUCACCCCCUUGCUGCUCACAUACACUAUUCAACUCCGUUAUAAACAGUUCCAGUGGGUCUUAUUGAAGAAGGCUUCAGAAGUUAUUUACUUACACUUUGCACUCAGGAAGCGUUCAUUGAUUGAGGAAUUCCAUGAAAAGCAAGAGCAGGUUAAGGAGUGGCUCCACCAUAUACGAAUAGGGGAACAAGUUACAGCCCAACAGUAUGAUGAUGAGCCUAAUGAUGGCGCUGCCCUUGCACAUAAUGAAGAUAGUAUUAGAAAUAGGCAUGUUCCAUCUAGAGCUGCUUUGCCAAUCAUUCGUCCUUCAUUAGGGAGGCAACAUGCAAUACUUGAGAGAGCAAAAAGAGCGAUGCAAGAUUAUCUGAAUCACUUUUUAGAGAACAUGGAUAUUGUUAACUCUAGUGAGGUCUGCAAGUUUUUGGAGGUCUCCAAGUUAUCCUUUUUACCUGAGUAUGGCCCAAAGCUUAUAGAGAACUAUCUAAUGGUUAAGCAUCUGCCAAAAGUUACUGAGAAUGAGGGCUUUGGAUGUUCUGGGCUUGGUUGCUGCCAGAAUGACUGGCGAAAGGUUUGGGCUGUUUUGAAGCCUAGUUUCUUAGCUUUACUAAGAAGUCCUUUUGACACUGAGCUGUUGGACAUAUUUGUUUUUGAUCCCCUUCCUGCUGCUAAAAAUAAAGGUGAGGCGCAAGUAAAUUUGGCAGAGGAGAUAAGGGAGCACAAUCCUUUGCGUUAUUCAUUCAAGGUCGGCCACUGGACUUGAUUGAUCAAUAUUCAAUGGUUUGUUGUGAGAAUCGGAGCAUAAAGUUCAGAACUUCGAGUCAUGCUAAAGUUAAAGAUUGGAUUUCUGCAAUUAAUGAUGCUGGUCUGAAGUCCAGAGAAGGUUGGCGUGGUACUCACCGCUUUGGUUCUUUUGCUCCACAAAGAGGAUUGACCGAGGAUGGCAGUCAUGCUCAGUGGUUUAUAGAUGGAAGGGCAGCAUAUGAAGCAAUUGCUUCAUCAAUAGAGAGUGCCACAUCUGAGAUAUAUAUUACUGGAUGGUGGCUUUGCCCUGAACUGUACUUGCGGCGGCCAUUUCAUAAGCACAGCUCCUCCAGGCUAGAUGCCUUACUUGAAGCAAAAGCUAAUCAAGGGGUUCAGAUAUACAUUCUCCUGUACAAGGAGGUCGCUCUUGCUUUGAAAAUCAACAGUUUAUACAGUAAAAGAAAGCUUCUUAGCAUCCACAAGAAUGUGAAAGUUCUACGCUACCCUAACCAUUUAUCUGCUGGGAUCUAUUACUGGUCACACCAUGAAAAAAUUGUUAUUGUGGAUCAUCAUAUCUCCUAUAUUGGAGGAUUGGAUUUAUGCUUCGGUCGUUAUGAUACAGUUGAACAUAAAGUUUGUGAUUACCCUCCUUUGUUAUGGCCUGGAAAGGACUAUUACAACCCAAGAGAAUCUGAACCAAAUUCUUGGGAACAUACGAUGAGAGAUGAGCUGGACCGAGAAAUAUAUCCACGUAUGCCUUGGCAUGAUGUCCAAUGUGCUCUAUGGGGACCACCUUGCCGAGAUAUUGCUAGGCAUUUUGUUCAGCGCUGGAAUCAUGCUAAGAGAAGCAAAGCCGCAAAUGAACAAGAAAUACCGCUCCUUAUGCCACAACACCACAUGGUAAUCCCACAUUACCUGGGAAGAAGCCAAAAAAUAGAUGUCGAAAUUAAGAAUGACCAAGCAAGUGUAGAGGACUUAAAUAGACCAGACGCAUUUCGUUCAGAGUCACCACCUGAAGGCAUACCAUUGCUUUUGCCUCCGGAAACUAACAGCAGGGAAACGUCCAACCCAAACAACACACAAGAUGAUUUCUAUAGUCAUGUGGAUCCACUAGAUCAAUCAACCAAACUGAAAGACGGUUGGUGUGAAACACAGGAGAGAGCUCAGUUCUCAGUUGAUAAAUUAGCUGACGUUGGUCCUCAGAUCCCUUGUUCCUGUCAGAUAAUUAGAAGUGUAAGCCAAUGGUCAGCAGGAACAAGAUAUACUGAAGAUAGCAUUCAUACUGCUUAUUGUUCACUCAUUGAGAAUGCUGAGUACUUUGUCUUCAUAGAGAACCAGUUUUUUAUAUCUGGCCUCUCUGGGGAUGAUAUCAUUCAAAACCGAGUACUUGAUGCUUUAUACAAGCGCAUAAUGCGGGCAUACUAUGAAAAAAAAUGCUUCAGGGUAAUAAUUAUCAUCCCCCUCUUGCCAGGAUACCAGGGAGGCCUGGAUGAUAUUGGAGCAGCAUCUGUGAGAGCCAUAAUGCAUUGGCAAUACCGAACAAUUUGCAGAGGACAAAACUCUAUAUUGCAUAAUCUAACUUCCUUGCUAGGUCAAAAAACAUCUGAUUACAUAUCUUUCUAUGGUCUCAGAACUUACGGCCAACUUUCUGAUAGAUGUCCAUUAGUCACAAGCCAGAUUUAUGUCCAUAGCAAAAUCAUGAUAGUAGAUGACCGUGUAGCGCUGAUUGGAUCAUCCAAUAUUAAUGACAGAAGCUUGUUAGGAUCCAGAGAUUCUGAGUUAAUGCUCUCAGAUCGCUGUAGUCAUUGAAGAUAAAUAUUUUAUCGAUUCAUCAAUGGAUGGAAAGCCUUGGAAGGCUGGAAAGUUUGCAUUUAGCCUUCGGGUAUCAUUAUGGGCAGAACAUUUGGGUCUACAUUCUGGAGAGAUUUUCCAAAUAAAGGACCCUAUAGCAGACUCUACAUACAAAGAUUUGUGGGUUGCAAUUGCCAAGUUAAAUGCCGCACGCUACCAAGAUGUCUUCUCUUGCAUCCCAAACGACCUCAUAUACUCAAGGUAUGGCCUGAGACAAUGUAAAGAGAAACUCAAGCACAACACUGUCGAUUUAGGAGUUGCUCCCGGGAAACUUGAUGUUUUUGUUAAUGAGGAAGUCGACUUAGCGGAACCAAUCGAGAGGCUAAACCCAAUCAAAGGACAUCUUGUUUGUUUUCCAUUAGAGUUCAUGCGUGAAGAAGACUUGAGACCAGUGUUUAUUGACCGUGAAUUUUAUACUUCCCCGCAUGUCUUUCAUUGAGACUUGAAAGGUGUUAGAGUAUGUCAUUUUAGAUUUUUAGGACUUUCACUUAAAUUUAAGUGCCUGGUACAUACAUAUAGAUAGAUAGAAAUAGGCGCUUUUUCAUUCACGUAUAUAAUAAUAAAUAAUACAUGUAAUGGACUAUUUCAGAGCAAUUUGGAGGUAACAAAUCUGGGUUAUCAUUGGAAUUUGGCAAGGCUUUCACUUAUGUAUGUAAUACUACGUAUUCAACUUCUUAAUAAUAAAUGCUCUAAAGUUACAAUAUGCUCC